ACCUCUUUAAGGAUUACUUGUGAACAAGAAAAAUUUCAGAUCCUAUUGCAAGAAUUAUCUAUGUUUUCUAAGAGAGAGAAAGUUAAAAAUGUUGAUGAGAAGGAGAAUACUGUUGGAUUUGUAUUACAAAUAGAAAUUGGAUUUUCAUAUACUGUAUAUUAG